AUGGGCGUUAAUACAGUCGUGAAACGCCUAUCUAAACUCGAUGAAGCGUUUCUUAAAGGUACCACUGCGGUGUUCAAUUGCUCAGGUUUAGGAGCAGCUGAGCUUGUCGGCGACAAGAAGAUCUUUCCGACACGAGGCCAAGUUGUAGUCAUUUGUGAUCCAAGAAUCCAAUCGGUGGUGACAGAAUGGAAGCAAGAAAGUUCGACUUACAUUAUACCGAGGCCUCACUCUAAGGCCCACGAGGUGAUCCUCGGUGGCUUCUACCAACAUCACGUCGCAACUCCGCAUACAUUAAUCAGUGAGACCCAGGAUAUUAUCGACAGAACUCUGAGGCUUUGCCCUGAAUUACUUCAUCAUAAAUCGAUAGAUGAUCUCCAGUUGUUGAGAGUCGUUGCAGCUGUUCGUCCUUCAAGAGAAGGUGGUGCAAGGAUAGAGAAAGAGAUUACCCCAGAGGCAGCAUUUUUCAUAACUAUGGUGCUGGAGGACUGGGAUACUUAA